AUGAUGGUAGACCCCCUGUCAGACUGUAGCCCGCUCAUCAGUGCAGCAUCUUCUGGUAAGCUCCGUCUGGUCCGUCUGCUGGUAGAAGGUGGAGCAGAGGUAAAUGGGCGCAACCCAAAAGGAGAGACAGCUCUGCUGGCUGCCUGCAAGGCCCUGAGAGGGGAUCCUACUGGACCUGAGGCAAUUAAGGUCCUCACAUACCUGCUCCAGAACAAGGCAGAUCCUAAUGCACAAGACCGUGCUGGCCGUACUGCUCUGAUGUACGCCUGUAUGGAACGAGCAGGAGCUCAAGUAGCAUCCACACUCCUUGCUGCAGGAGCUGACCCAAGCAUGGAGGACCACUCUGGAGCCUCAGCUUUGGUUUACGCCAUUAAUGCACAGCAUCAGCCUACCCUGAAGGUGUUGAUGGAUGCCUGCCGGGCCAGAGGUCGUGACAUCAUCAUCAUCGCCACUGAAAUGGGAGUGCAUGGGGGCCCUGUGACCAGGCGUUAUCUGAAUGUUUUCCCAUCCCCUGAUACCUCACCAGUGUCCUGCAUGUCUCCAUCUGACAUUGUCCUGAAGACGGGCUCACCAAAUUCACCCGAGGGCGAAAACAUCUUCAACUUCAGAGGAACAAGCCAGCGAGGGAGUAGCAGUGGCAUUAGCAGUAGACAUUCCUGCUGUGAGCUGAGUCCACUGGGCCAGUGCAACUCUCCACCUCCCAGACAGAGAAUAUCAUCUGAGCCUUGGCUAGCAAUUCACAACCUGGCCUGUCUGAACAGAGCUUACGAGGAGGGCAUGAGGGAGAGGAGCCUGCAGGAGGAGGGACACAGAGAGGACUUGAGGAGGGAUAAAGGAAGGAAAAAGGAUGAGGAAGAAAAAAAGGAGUCCCGUUUUCAUCGGUCCAGUGUGGAAGAGAGGAGAGAAGGCAAGGUUCAAAGGAGGGAUAACAGAUUUGGAGGAGAGAAUUACAACUACUGCCAUGAGGAUUUCUCUUUGAAGGUCUCCCAUUCAGUCCUCUCACUCACUGAGAUGAGCUCUACUCCUGCAAAACCCAAUGUGGUCUUCAAACGAUGGCUUACUCCUGCAGGGUUGCCCUCAGACAAAAAACUCCCCACCUGCCUGCCCCCUCACUCCCAGCUCCGCAGGAAUACCCUUCCCUUUGUCACAGUGGACCCACCUCUGCUGCACUUCCCUCCCUUAGUAAGCCAAUCCUCAUCUCACCUCCAGGUUCCAACUCAAGUUUCACCUUCCAAAAGCAGAACCAUGGUGUUUCUGCCUCACCCACCCAGUUCCUCUCCUCCCUCUAAGGCAUCAGUGAGACCAGCUCUACUCCCUCCACUGGCCCUCGCCUCCUCCGUCACCUCUCUUGUUGCUCCUUCUGCCUCCUGCUACAGCGAGAGAAAUGGGAGGUCACUGCGUCGUCACUCAGUGCAGCUUGAAUAG